AUGGGUGUGACACCGCGGUUGACACCGAGAAUGAGUUACAUCUGGCGAGAAAACUGGACGAAGUCCGCGGCCAGCAUUGACCUGGCGAAGUCGCCGGCUGCGAACAGCGAGGCCAUGUACCUGGGAGAUGUCAGCGGAACACAGCAAAUCAAGCUCUGGAAGACGAGGAAGCUGGUGCCUGGCGAAGAUGGCGAUGCCGGCAGCGGGGACGAUCCAGUUCCUACCGGCGGGCCCUUGGGCGCCGACUAG